CUUCAGUUCUCCCAGAUUGCUGAUCGCUUCUAUGGCAGAAACAUAUACCGAAAGUGAUUCCGCAACUGUCAGAAUUCCUCCAAGUCCUUCCACUCCGGCCAUGGUUGAUCAAGAAAGUGAGAGACACCAUACAACUCAAGAGUGUCACUGCUGUGCCACGGAGAGCACAGGCUGCGGCAGUACAAUACCUUAGUCACCUGGUAGGUAUUUCUUUUGUAUUGCGGGGACGACUUGUAGGAGUCCAACUCGAUGAAUGAACGAGGCAUGCCGAUACUACAAAAGUGUCAUGGCCUGAGGUCCUCCAAUGUUGUCGACAGCUGCCACUGUCACCCCCUCCCCCGUACAACGUGGCAUAUUCCGAUACGUCUUCCUGGCACACCUCCUCUUCCUAGUCCGCUGCAUCUUGACUCUGUACCUACCUACCUAGGUAUAAGGUACAAAUCUCCUCACAGAUGUGCAUGAAGAAUCAUGGCAUGGACUGGGUCGCUGGGAGCGCCACUUCUGGUUCCUCGUACUUCUGGCGAAGCCAGGUGUCUUAUCGUGAUUUCAAAGCCGACAGCAAUGCACCGAGUCUGUUUACCAUUAUCGCCAAGGGAAGACUCUCGAGCUCCUGGGACGCAAUAGAGAAUGAAGAAUGGCAACAAACACAACGACGCAAGCGGGCACGACCCACCAUGCUGGAUCAAUCGCAGACGGUACGCUGAAGGGUUAUCCAAAGGCAGCGAGAUUGAUGGAACAAUUCCCCGACGCAGCAAUAUUUCGAAAGUUUACAGCACUGACGGCGUUUCAACUCAUGAGUCUCCAAGCGGAACUGCUGGAUCUCGAGGAUCAACUAUGGCAGACGUGCAAAGAUGACGAUGCUUCACAGGACGAAAAAACUCGCAAACGUACCAGGCAGUUCUUCACCCUUCACAAAUCCAGAGCGCCAGAUGAUGAUCAGCUGAAGCUUUUGAGGAGAAGCCGCCAGAAGGUGCAAGAGUAUUACUCGUUGCUCCUGAAAGGUGCCCAGGUCCAAGGGCUCCAGCCUCCUCUCGAGGAGAAUCUACGCUUUCUUCGGGAUCGCUUGGAUGAAGAGAGCGUGCAAGACAAAGACGGUCCCGUAUUCCUAGCAGCACUCGAGAGGUUCACGUGGCACUACUCGGACACGCAUGAAUAUGUCUCCCUUGUGCGAAACCUCGACGCAGACUCUGAAAUGGCAGAUGUGAAAAAGUGGUUGAGUCCUAAACUGAUCGACUGGUAUCAUGAAUUAUGGGGAAUCAAACAUCAGUCAUCAUCAAGCGUCGAACAGGCACCCGGGUGGGAGGGUGUCCGUGUCUACAACAAUGAGACCUUGAAAAAGUUCCGAUUCCUCUUCAAACUCACCGCAACCAUCCUGGCGUCACUUACGCCGGCAGUGACAAUCCUGAUAUUGUACUAUGUUCGUACCACAAUCAGUCGGAUUGGCAUCACCAUUGCUUUGACAGCAGCAUUUGGAUUGAUUCUUGCCUUCUGCACCGCUGCGAACAUGAAAGAAGUGUUUGCCUCCACAACCGCCCUGGCUGCGGUGGAAGUUGUCUUUAUCGGUAGUACGACGACGAAUACCACUGCAUAACCCUUGCUUUUCCGAAAAAUUCGGGUGGAUGCCAAUAAUAACUGGCAGUCGGACUAUGCGGGAGCUUUGGCCAUUGGAAACUGAAAUGGAUGUGAUAAGUAUUGUCUUCAGACGAGAUGCGUUGAGGUAUAAUCAAGGUUCUUGGGCCCCGGGUAGAGCACAGAGCGAAUGCAUCUAGCGUGGUACUUGCACGGUUCCUGUUGGACUGAUCAUUCCGUCAUAACUGUUGUUUAGCUUAGUCUGCACUUUGUGAUUGACAUCUGGAUUGGGAGACCAUCCGUCAGGUCUUGUCAUUGAGUUAAGAUAGUAGCACUCGCUGUAGUAGUGCUUGAAUCCACAGAGACAUUCGGGCUUCUUCCCUUUGUCCUCUUUUGUUGCGCUAAAAGCAGAGUGUGAAG